GAAUAAUCAAUUUUCUGGACCCAGAGAGAGGGAGAGUGAGACUUGGGCGGUGAAACAGUAAAAAAAGAGAGAGAGAGAGAAAUGAUUUGGUCAAAUUGUUGAGAGUUUGUCUUCUUCUUCUUCUUCUUCUUUGCGUUGUGUGUGGAGAUCACAAUCAAUCUAUUUCUUCUUCUUAUUUCUAAAGUCUCGUGGCUUCUUGUCCCUUGGGAACUUGUCUUGUGCCUCUCCACCACAUAACAUAUAUUACUCGUGAAUUCGAAAACCCUAGCCUUGCUCCACAACUCCCUCCCUCCCUCCCUUUUCGAUUGAUCAUCUGCUGGUCUCCUAGUCGCCAGAGAGAAAUAAAUGGCGUCCGGAGGCGGAGAGGCGGUGGAAAUCGGAUCCGACUCCAAAUUAGGGGGAGUCGGGAGCAGGAGCGCUGGAGCAGUAGGAGGAGGAGGUCAAUACUUCAGGGCAGAUACUGUUGAUUUCAGCAAAUGGGAUUUGCAUAUGGGUCAAGGCUCCUCCUCCGCUACAAGGAAGACUCCGAUGCAGGAAUGGGAGAUCGACCUCUCCAAACUCGAUAUGAAUCACGUCCUCGCUCGCGGCACUUACGGCACUGUCUACCGCGGUGUCUACGCCGGUCAACAAGUCGCUGUGAAGGUGUUAGAUUGGGGAGAAGAUGGUCUCUCAACAGCAGAUGAUCUGCGCAUUUCCUUCGAGCAAGAGGUAGCCGUCUGGCAGAAACUCGAUCAUCCCAACGUUACCAAGUUUAUAGGAGCAUCCAUGGGGACCUCUGAUCUGAAGAUCCCUUCUGGUAGUGAUUCUGGUGGAGCACAUCCUGCCAAGGCCUGUUGUGUUGUCGUUGAGUAUGUCGCUGGAGGCACCCUCAAGAAGUUCCUCAUCAAGAAAUAUAGGAGCAAACUCCCCAUCAAGGAUGUCAUUCAACUUGCUUUGGAUCUCGCUAGAGGGCUGAGUUACCUCCACUCCAAGGCGAUUGUGCAUCGGGACGUGAAGUCAGAGAACAUGUUGCUGGAAACUAACAAGACGCUCAAGAUUGCUGAUUUCGGAGUCGCUAGAGUCGAAGCUCAGAACCCUCAAGACAUGACUGGUGAAACUGGAACUCUUGGAUACAUGGGACCUGAGGUUCUGGAAGGAAAGGCUUACAACAGGAAAUGCGAUGUGUAUAGUUUUGGUGUAUGCCUCUGGGAAAUAUACUGCUGCGACAUGCCCUACGCUGACACUAGUUUUGCUGAGAUCUCUCAUGCCGUUGUUCAUAAGAAUCUGAGACCAGAGAUUCCGAAAUGCUGCCCACAGUCGGUGGCAAACAUAAUGAAGAGAUGCUGGGACCCGAAUCCAGACAGGCGUCCGGAGAUGGAGGAGGUAGUGAAGCUACUAGAGGCAGUAGACACAAGCAAAGGAGGGGGAAUGAUACCACCAGACAAGUUUCAGGGGUGCCUCUGUUUCUUCAAACCUCGUGGCCCCUGAUCUCUCUCCCUUGGCUGAUAUGCUUGAGAGCUGCGUGAUUUUUUUUUUGUUGAAUUUUUGUGGUUGAGACAUUGGAGUUAGAGUGGUGUGGGUCUUUGUCAUAAGAAUCUCUCUGCUCUCUCUCUCUCUCUAUAUAUAUGUAUUUACACACAGUCCUGUUGUGUAUAAAAACUGAUGAUAAAGCUCUGUUUGUUUUUUUUCUUUUUAUUUUAUGAGGGAAUGUGGAUCAUCUCUUAUCUGA